UUCGCCGUGUGUCGGUUGUGAAUCUCGGAGCAAACGAAUAAAUCGACAAAAGAAAAAUAUAUCGAGCCAACUUUUAGGCGUAUAUACGUCAGCUGUAAUGCUGAAAUCUUCAAGCUGCUAAUGUGCGGCGUGAUAAACAAAAUUCAAAAGAUGGCAAGCGUGAUUUCAUCUCGCCGCAACUUUAGUUGAAGUGAACAAAUUUAAAACUCGUAAUAACAACAACAAAAACAUAAUUAAUAAAUUGAUUGAUGAAAAGUGCUCAAACCAUUGAACGAAAGUAAGCCGAUUUUUAUAAAGCCGAAAGAAAGCAAGCAAAAGAAGGCGAUACUUGCUUCUCUUUCACAAAAGCUUUCAAAAAACCCUCGUCGAACAUCGCCUGAACGCCUUCUUCUAGGAAAACAACAUCGCCUUCGGCAACCAACAGCAUCGCUAGUUGUAUUGUUGUAACUCAUCAACAGUUGUCACGAUGGCCGAUAAAGGAAAGGAAACCCCCAAAAAUACGGAACAAAAGAACCAAGUGACCCGUGCCAUGCCCGAACAGAGCAAUGACUAUCGUGUUGUUGUGUUUGGUGCCGGUGGUGUGGGUAAGAGCUCGCUGGUCUUACGUUUUAUUAGGGGCACCUUCCGUGAAACGUAUAUACCGACCAUUGAGGACACCUAUCGGCAGGUGAUUAGUUGCAAUAAAAAUAUUUGCACACUGCAAAUAACCGACACAACAGGCUCACACCAAUUUCCGGCUAUGCAAAGACUGUCCAUAACCAAGGGGCAUGCGUUCAUAUUGGUCUUCUCGGUGUGCUCCAAGCAGAGUUUAGAGGAGCUGCGACCCAUUUGGCAGAAUAUUAAAGACCUUAAGGGGCCGGACGUCGUCAAUAUACCGGUUAUGUUGGUGGGCAAUAAGAGCGACGAAAGCGCCGAGCUACGUGAGGUGUCACAAGCCGAGGGGCAAGCACAGGCAGCCGCCUGGGGCAUAUCGUUUAUGGAGACAUCGGCCAAAACCAAUCACAACGUCACCGAAUUAUUUCAGGAGCUGCUCAACAUGGAGAAGUCGCGCAUUGUGUCGCUGCAGUUGGAUGUCAAAAAGCAUAAGAAACAGAAGAAGGAGAAGAAGGUUAAAGAAAGUAAUGGUGCUAUACCGGAAAACGGCGAUGGCGGCGCAGCCGGUGCCAAGGAGAAGUGUCAACUCAUGUAAGGCUCUUAGCGCAUACUACAGUAGCAUAACGAAUCGUUGGUGUGGGAGUUAGUGAAUGAAAGGCAGCAUAUGAAGCCCAACUUCAGGCGCGCAGGCACACAUACAUAUAUUUAUGUGUGUGUG